CUGGGGAGCGCGCGCGCCGCGUCCGCCUCUGUGCUCCGCCGACGGCGACAUACCCCGUGACCUGCGCUCGUGACUGGUGACCCGUGACCGGUGCCCGCGUCUCGCGCCCUUGCCCUCUGGAGGUGCGCGCACCGCCGCCGUGAUGACCGGACCGAGCCUGACGGCGCUGAUGCUGCUCAGCGGCCUGACGCUGAGCGCGGCGCUCUCCUGCACGCCCUGCGAGAAGACGACCUGCGUCGAGGUCAGCUGCCCGGGCCGCACCGUGCGCGACGUGUGCGGCUGCUGCGACGUCUGCGCGCGCGGACUCGGCGAACGGUGUGGCGGCUACUUCGACAGCUUCGGCCUCUGCGACGACGGGCUUGUCUGCCAGACGUCGCCGCGUCACGGCCAGCCCGUCGACACCGGCGCCGAGGGCGUCUGCACGAAGAACGCCACCGCCUGCAAGUACAGCCUGUGCCAACUGAUGCUGGGCACGCAGUGCGUCUGCACGGAGCUGGAGGACUGCCGCUCGCCGGACGUCUCCGGUGACCCUACCUCGUUCACCAGCCGCGAGGAGUGCGAGAAGGCCGCCAGCAGGAACCAGGCGGCGCCGGCCAGUGAGCCCACCCCAGCCGAGGUGCCCAACUGCCCCGGGGUGGUGUGUGAGCCCGGCGUGAGCACGUGCCCCGCUGACUCCGUCCUGAAGACCGCGCCGGCUGAGAACCCCGACUGCUGCCCGCCGGUGGGCACGUGCCUCUGCGACCUCGAGUCGUGCGCGGUCGCGCCCAGCUGCCCCGAGGGCCAGGAGGCCACGCAGGUCACCAAGGGUCAGCUGCGGCCGGGCCUCUGCUGCAGCCAGUGGGAGUGCAAGCCAACAGCAGCUCCUCAGACCAACCUGAGCUGCAGCCACGACGGGCGCGAGUACGGGCCAGGCGAGCGCUGGCAGCCCGCCCGCUGCAAAAGCUGCCAGUGCAAGGACGGCCUGGCGUUCUGCCACCCGUUCGAGUGCCCGGCGCCGGCCGACUGCGACAAGGUCACGCAGGACGUCCGCCAGUGCUGCCCGCAGUGCAUUGAUGGCUGCGUAUCGCAGUCAGGGGUGCGUCACAACAGCAGCGAGCAGUGGCUGGAGGACGACUGCACCACGUGCUCGUGCGUGGGACGCAUGGCCCGCUGUCACGUGGAGAUGUGCCACAUCAGCUGCAGUCACCACCGCUCCGUGCCCGGCCGCUGCUGCCCUGUCUGCGAUGAAUGUGACGUCAUGUGUCAGCACGGCUACCGCACCUCCCGGGACGGCGAGCCGCUGUGCGAGUGCCUGACCGCGGACGAGGUGGGCACGGCGCCCGCCGGCUGCCGCAGCAUGGCCGCCUGCCGCAAGGCCUGCCCGCACGGCUUCAAGGUGGACGACAACGGCUGCGAGAGGUGCAAAUGCAAGAAGUGCCGCAAGUUGAAGGACUGCACCAAGAAGUGUCCGCACGGCUUCAUGACCAACGACAGGGCGUGUGCCAUCUGCAAGUGUCGCUCGGAGCCAGAGGACGGCCGGAGUGUCGCCUUGGCCGGCCACGAGGCGGCCGACAUGGACUGCGUCACACUAGACGGCGUGACGCACGAGGAGGGCGAGCAGUGGCACGACGGGUGUCGCCAGUGCUACUGCCACGGCGGCGAGGAGAUGUGCGCCGUUAUCUCGUGCCCCGUGCCCCGCUGCGACCAGCCAGAGAUCGCCGACGGACAGUGCUGCCCCACCUGUCCUGGCGGGACGGAGCACCCUGCCCAGCUGAACGGCACCGUAUGCCAGUCGGUGAACGGCCAGACCUACGUGGAAGGGCAGACGUGGCAGCUCGACCCGUGCACGCGCUGUCUCUGCCAUGCUGGCCGCGUGCUCUGCAGCGCGCCCCCUUGCCCUCCAGCCCCCUGCGCCGAACCGACCCGUCAUCUAGAGGAAUGCUGCGCAACCUGUGCUUCGACAGCCGGCCACCAGACGGCGCGCGGAGAGUGCACGGACGCGAGUGGCGUCGUCAGGGCGGAGGGUGACGCGUGGCGACAGGGGACGUGCACAAGCUGCGUGUGCCGCCAGGGCAAGGUCAGCUGCUUCCACGAGAAGUGUCCGCUGCUAGACUGCGUCCGGCCCGUACUGAAGAAGAGCCACUGCUGUCCUGUCUGCCUGGAGCCUGCCCAGUCGUUCGACUGCGUGUACGAAAACCGGACGAUGGCCUCCGGCCAGACCUGGGAGGUGGGCAAGUGCACGAGCUGCGUCUGUCAGCGCGGACAGACUGUGUGCACCCACAAGACCUGCACGGUCGUCUGUGACUCUCCCGUCAUGGAGCCGGGCCAGUGCUGCCCCACCUGCAAAGAGGAGACGAGCGCCCAGCGUAACUUCCACCUGCUGAGCGGAGUCAGCAAGGCCACCCACCGCACGGUGGUGCGCACGCCCGAAGGUCCCACCCAGACCUCCCAUCACGGCGUGGAGCGGGAGCCAGGCGAGCAGCAGUCGUCCAGCUACAUCGUGUUGUGUGUGGUCAUCGGCUUCUUGCUGCUGCUGCUGCUGGCCGUGUUCGUCUUCUGGUGCGUGCGCCGCCAGCGCAGCGGCUACUCGCCCAAGCACAUGAUCGAGGAGAAGAAGCCGCUCAACGAUCCGCAGAUCAUGCACUUCGUGCGCCUGGACGGCCGCGGCCUGCACUCGGACGCGCUGAUCCUCGAGAAGAACGGCACUGUGGUCCGAGAUGUGUAGCGGGGCGUGGCAGGCGAGAUGGGAGGGCACACCGCCCGCCCGUCCGCCGCGCGCUGGUCCGUGCUGGCAGCUGCCAUCGUUUUCAUCGUCACUUGUACAUACGCCAUCUCACGUGAUCGUCUGGACAUUUCGUGCUGGGCGUGGCUUUCGGCGCCGCCGUCGACGGACGUUAGGUGAAGUUUUAGUUCAUGCAACCGCCGUCGGGCGGUUGAGGUGUGCGAGCAUUUGUCGGGCCUGAGAGCGUUGCAUGGAUGGUGUGCGAAAUGUCUGAACAUAAUUGGCUAAUAGCGUACUUUUAUUUUGUCGCGAUAUUAGACAAUUGACUGUGAUAUGUUGUGGUGUUUGCAUUGGGCCCGACUGCUGCGGAGGAUGGCGCAACGUACUAUCGUUGGCUCGCCGUCUCCCGCGUCGGUUCGGUCCUCUUUAAUUAUUUGCGUUCUAUCAGGACAGUUUCCAACAAAAGUUACAGAUCGGAUCGCGUCCUUUUGUGGUAUUAGGUGAUUUGACGUGUAAGGUUGUCGCAUUUUCCUGUCACCGGAUGCCGGUGAAUCGAUGGUUUUACCCUUGUUCAUUUGCUUGUAGACGUGCCAAUUAUCUUCGCUUCCAAUCUGUGUGCAUAUUCAUACCACGAGCAAACGUUUACGUCACUAUUAGUAAGUAUACCAAGACACGUAUUACCAGCUGUCUUGCGCUACGAUAUAUUUAUGAAAUAAAAUUAUAUUGACAA